UUUUUAAAAAUUUAAAAAAAAAAAAUGGUUAAGUGGUCGUGAUAAAGAAGGCUUCUCAGAGGUCUUAUCGCAACAAUAUUAGAUAUAUAUGUCGUUUGGCUUGUGCAUUAUGACGCCGAUACCGACAAUCUAUCAGUUAUAACAAGUACUUUACUAGAAAUAAGUAAUAACUGGACGUUUCAAUAAAUUGCUUAUAAUUCGUACUGUGGUUUUUUAAGUUUUAUUUAAUCAUUUUUAUUAUUUUUAUAAUUAAAAUUAACAAUGGGUAACAGCACAUCGAUACUUGGUGAGCACAGAGUUUUUACAAUAAAUCCUACUAAAAAUCCAGGAGAUUCUAUUUUUCAAAAAAAUCAAAUCAAAUCGAGCAAAUACACAGUAUGGAAUUUUGUACCAAAAAAUUUGUUCGAACAAUUCCGUCGAGUAGCAAAUUUUUAUUUUUUACUAUCAGCGAUAAUCGCGAUGUCCAUUGAAUCCCCGGUGUCGCCAUUCACUACAUUGUUACCCCUAGUAUUUGUAAUUUUAGUAACAGCAUGUAAACAAGGGUAUGAAGAUUUUUUGAGACACAAAUCUGAUUACCGUGUUAAUUGCACUUCUGUUACUGUUAUACGUAAUAAAUGUAUGCAAGUAAUUAAAUGUGAGCAAAUAAUUGUAGGUGACUUAGUGAGAGUAUCUAGAGACGAAGAUUUACCCUGUGAUAUUAUUUUACUUUAUAGUAGUGAAUCAAACGGCUCAUGUUACGUAACGACAUCAAAUCUUGACGGCGAAUCGAAUUUAAAAACUCUGCAAGUGCCGAAAGUUACAUCAAAUAAACCCAUCGAAGAAAUAGUCAGCAUGGAGUGUCUAGUCACUUGUCAGCACCCGCUAUCAAACCUUUACGAGUUCCAGGGGAAAAUUGAAAUAAAAUUCACCGAGAACAAUUUGUCCUCUGGGUUCCUGACAAUUGACAACAUAUUGCUACGUGGGUCGCGUCUAAAGGAUACUGAAUUCAUAAUUGGUGCUGCGGUUUACACCGGCUCUGAUACGAAACUCUCUCUAAACUCAAAACAAACUCCAAAUAAAUUUUCUACCGUUGAGAAGAGUAUUAAUUUGUACCUGAUAUUUUUUAUAUUCAUAUUAAUAUUAGAAAUUACAAUAUCAACUAUAUUGAAACAGUUUAAUGAUUACAAUCAGCAGUGGGAUUAUUACUUGAGUCCAAAUAGCACAACUAGUUUUUCAAAAAUUGUUUAUGAUUUUUUAUCAUUUACCAUUCUCUAUAAUUAUAUAGUACCGAUUUCACUUUAUGUUACCGUUGAACUGCAAAAAUUUUUGGGCUCAUUAUUUUUCCACUGGGACUCAAAAAUGUACGACGAGCGCAACGAUCAGCCGGCUUUGGUGAACACUUCUGAUCUAAAUGAAGACCUGGGACAAAUAGAGUAUUUAUUGACUGACAAAACCGGGACUUUGACAGAAAAUUUAAUGGUCUUUCGACGGUGCACAGUCGACGGGAAAAUGUACAUAGAGAAAGACUGCAAUGGAAAAAUAUACGAAUUGCCGUCAAAUGGAAAUGAACAUGAGGCGGUUAAAGUAAUGAGCUGGCCGCCGGAAAUUUGGCACUUCAUGAUCGCAUUGUCGCUUUGUCAUUCUGUCCACGUUGCUCCGCCGAUUGUUAUGGAUGGUGUUGUUGCUCGCCGCACAGCAUUUCGUGAAAGUUUUCGACAGAAAACCAUCCGCCGAGUAAACAGUUCGCUGCUGAUGGACCCAAGCUUGCCGGAAUAUCAGGCAGCUUCUGCUGAUGAAAAAGCUCUGGUUGAAGCUAGCGCCAGAUGCGGAGUAAUUUUGACAAAAUAUGAAGCCGAUUUAUUGGAAAUAAAAGCUGGUGAUCGGUUUUUACAUUUCACAUGUUUGGAAACGCUGGAAUUUACUUCUGAGCGCAAAAGAAUGUCAGUAAUAGUACAAGAUUCAGCUGGUGAAUUAUGGCUGUAUUCAAAAGGUGCUGACUCAGAAAUGUUUCCAUUGAUGCAUGAAGGAAAAAUCCAACAAACUGAAGAGCAUGUCGCUGAUUUUUCACAAAGAGGACUAAGGACACUCGCAGUAGGCUGCAAAAAAUUAACCAUCCAAGAAUAUGACAAAUUUAUCACUCUCGCAGAGCAAGCGAGGCAAACAAUCGGCCCAGAGCGGUCUAAGCUUGUAGAACAAGUCUAUUUGUCUAUCGAGACGGGAAUGAUGUUGUUAGGGGCCACGGGUAUUGAGGACAGUCUUCAGGAAGGUGUAGAAGAAACAUUGGAAUCUCUCCGUGCAGCCAAUAUUAAAGUGUGGGUUUUAACGGGUGACAAAGCUGAGACUGCUGAAAAUAUUGCGUUUUCAUGCGGGCAUUUUAAAAAAGGUACUGAAGUACUCAGACUAAUGGGACAAAAAACACUACAAGUUUGCUUCAUUACUUUGACCAGUUACGAACGGAGAAUGAAAUUGGAGCCUUAUAAACAGUAUGGAUUAAUAAUGGACGGCAUGAGUAUGGCAAUAGCUUACAAUCAUUGCCCAGAAUUAUUGAGAAUCGUCGGAAUGACCUGCGACGCAGUUGUCUGCUGCCGUAUGUCGCCGUUGCAAAAAUCCGAAAUCGUACAAUUAAUUAAAAACUCGGCUAGACAUCCUCUGACGGCGGCUAUUGGUGACGGCGGUAAUGACGUAUCAAUGAUUCAAGAAGCGCACGUGGGUAUUGGUAUUAUGGGCAAAGAAGGCAGACAAGCUUCAAUGAAUGCUGACUUCGCUCUUGCUAAAUUUAUGUUUUUAAAACGUGCGUUAUUAAUUCAUGGCCACUGGUAUUAUAUAAGAUUGAGUAUAUUAACUCAGUAUUUUUUUUACAAAAAUGUCGUUUUUAUAACGCCGCAAAUUUUUUUUGGGCUUUCCAAUGGAUUUUCUUCCCAGGCAUUGUAUGAUAGUGUUUUUCUCAUGGGGUUCAAUGUUUUAUUCACGUCAUUGCCAGUCCUUGCUUUUGGUUUACUCGCGCAAGAUUAUUCAGCUCGUAAAUUAAUUAGUUAUCCACAGUAUUAUAUAUUAAAUAAAAAAAAUCGAUUGCUGUCGAUUAAACAAACAAUUAUUUGGUUGUCACUAGCGUUAUGGCAUACAAGUGUAAUAUAUUUUGGAACCUAUACGUAUUUUAAUAUAAAUCCAAUAAAUCUAAGCGAUAAUACAAUGGCUGAUUAUACGUGUUUCAAUACAUGCAUUUUUCACUUGGUAUCACUAGUCACUAAUUUAGAGUUACUAUCUAGAAAUUUAUUUUGGACUUUUCCAUUUGUAUUCAGUAUAAUUUUUUCUGAAUUACUUUUUUUUAUCGUUGCGGCUGCGUACUCGUCAAUAAAUAUUCCAUACAAUGGUCCAAUGUUUGGAGUAUUUAUCAAUUUAAUCUCAUCUCCGACGUUCUGGCUGCUGACGAUAGUAAUUGUGCCGAUGUGCCUGAUACCAGACUACCUUAUUGCCAUUUACGAGAGCUAUAGACCUUCGAAAUUGAAUUAUCAAGAUGAGCGGGAAGAAAAUAUUCAAGAUAAUUACAGUGAAUGGAGUACACCUUCAUCGGAGGAAAGGAGAUUCAACUGGACUCCUUGGCGCGGUAAUUUUACAUUUAUCAAUACGUAAAAAAAUCGUAUAGAUUUAACUUAAUUUAUUUUUGUAACUUAACAGGCUGUAAAUAAUAAAUGAAAAAAGAAUAAAAAAUAAAAGUUUAUCGAUAAAAAUGAAAAUUUAAAGUUAAUAAUAAGGACUAGCACAUUUCAAUUAGCACCGUUGACGAAUUAUUUUGACAAAUGGACAAAAAUAUUUGAACGAGGCGGUAGAGCUUAACCUUGAAAAAUCGAUGAGUUACCACCAGUAGUAAUAGUCGUCGUCGUCGUCGUCGUCGUCAUCGUCGCAGCCGAGGAGCUGUAAAUAUAAAAAAUUGAUAACUUAGUUAGUUAAUUUAUUUGUACAUUUAUAUAUUUAUUUUAAAUAAAAAAAAUAUUUUAUUACGUAA